CGAGGCUAGACUGACAGGUCACUAUGGCGAUGGAUACGGCUAGAGAUUGCCUCCGCCUUCCGCGCGUGUCCGUGACAGCCCAAAAGAGCCAAAGCAUACCACGAAGGAAAUGAAUCGCUUGGUUUUUCAUUCUUAGAUACCAUUCGGUGUCUGAGCGCUUUCGUGGAAACAAGUGAUUAUUUUUCAAGUCGCCCAACCCUGACCAGGACGAUGUCUUCAAUCAUAGCGCGGUCGGUGCUCUUGCUAUUUCUCUUAUUCUCUCGAGGUACCAGCAGCAGAGAAAUUGGACUCUCAAAGGUUAUUGGAAAUCGUAUGCGGAUGACUCCGGCUGACAGCCACCGGGUCGUUGAAGCAAAUUCAAACCUGACAAUAACUUGCACCUACGCAUUUCAAAACGACAACGAGAGUCUUGACCAUCAAAACAUUUCUUGGAGAUGGGAGUUGCCCAGCUUCCUCACCAAAUAUCCAAAAUUAACGAAUACGACUGAGCGUUGCAGCAAGACGGUCCAUGUGAACAGCACUCACAUUUCGGUAACGCUGACACUAGCGAACGUCACACCACUUGACACGGGCUAUUUCCGGUUUUUCCUCGAGGACAUGGAAAUGAAUCAAUACGUUUACGUUUUCGGUUUGUUUCAUGCGCACUGCGAUUUAUAUGCUGGGAUUAAUUUGAUUCUCUUCCGCCAGACAAUAGAAUUCUCAUCGUCCUCAGCGACAAGAGUUUCUUUCCGGAUUAUUACCUGUACUUUCUCCACCAAGCGGAAUUGGGUGUUCACAUCCCUUGCAAAUCCACCCAUCCUAACGUGACAGUCACUCUCAUCCAUAUAGAACCACUCAACAAGGAACCGAAUUUCGACGUAAUCAAAAUUAAAUUUGUUUAAUCCGUAAAAGUAAGUUGUCCUAAUUUGAAAACAGGAUGUGCUAGCCAACCCCAAUUCGCCUUGGUUGUUCGAACCCGAACGCGGACUGACGUUAAAACAGGUGAUGAUCAAUAACACUGGGAACUACAUCUGCGUUGGCACAAUGAAUAACAUUAGCACCGUCAAAAACUUCACCAUCAGUGUCAAAGGAAUGGAGUUGGAAAGAGUGGGGGAUCCCGAGGAUCCGGUCGAAGGAAGCAAUGUCACUUUAAUUUGUCGCGCGAUAUUCCCCGAAGUCAAAUACGCCGCCCCACCGGAAUGGGCCUAUCAAAUUGACAAUAAUGCAAGAAUGCAAGUGAUUGAUGAGGCAAAUCUACCUCAAGGCAUUCAGAUAAAAACAGAAGGGGAAAAUAAAAAUCACAAUACCAGCGGAUUCAAACUGAAUUACUACGAAAGUCGAUUGGAUCUCUUUGAAAUAACCCACGACACCCACACAACGUUCCAGUGCAAAGCCAACAAAUACAAAGACGCAGUCACUAAAUCCAUUUCUUUUCGGAUUAAAGAUAAACUUCACAGCAAACCGCCGUCUCGCCAGUUGGACGAAAAAGGAACGGAAAUGACUUCCUUUGUCGCCAUUUCUGUUACUCUAGCCAUCUUCUUCUUAUUUGGAAUCACCAUCGUCGGCGUCAAACAACAUUACGAUAAGAAAAGUGCGAUAGAAAUACCCGGAGUGAAGAAACUCCUGAAAGGAAAUUCAAAAGAAAUCAAUCCUGAAUUGUUAAUCGAAGAACAAAUUGAACUGUUGCCCUACGACAAACGGUGGGAAUUCCCAAGAAAUCGACUUAAACUCGGAAUACAACUAGGAGCUGGAUGCUUCGGACGAGUUGUCAAAGCCGAAGCUGUGGGGAUCAAAGGUUCCGGUGAACCUAUUAAGACAGUGGCAGUCAAAAUGGUCCGAUCACAGACUAAUGUCGCUGCUCUGGAAGCCCUUGCAAGUGAAUUGAAAAUUCUGAUCCAUUUGGGAUCGCAUUUGAACGUCGUCAAUCUACUGGGCGCUUGCACCAAAAAGAUAUCACAAGGUGAACUUUUGGUCAUCGUCGAAUAUUGUCGGUUCGGAAAUUUGCAGACCUACUUAAUCAAUCACCGCAGCAGUUUCAUUAACCUGGUGGACGAAUUCGGCAACAUUCGAGCGGAAAAUGAGAUGGAGUAUGUUGACAUUGUAGCUGCUAGCAGAAAUGAAAAUUUUGUCAAGGAUUUGAAACUCCAAGGCAACCAAUACAAAUCCUGUGUAUCGGAGACGUUAACUGCUGAUGGAAAUUUUACCGACGAUUGCCAAGCCCUUGGUUACAAACUCUCCGAAUCGAACAGCGAUCCAUCUGAGCCGCAGUCUUUUUGGAAAUACCAAACCGAUCCGGACGCUACUCUUAAUCGAACCAUUUCCACACGCGAUUUAAUUUCCUGGUCGUAUCAGAUAGCUCGAGGGAUGGACUACUUGGCUAGCAAAAAGGUCCUCCAUGGCGAUUUGGCUGCCCGAAAUGUUUUGCUGGCCGACGACGGAGUGGCAAAAGUGGCCGAUUUCGGCAUGGCCAAGAAAAUGUACUACGAAGGAAAAUACGAAAAAACGGGCCAGGGAUUGAUGCCAGUCAAAUGGAUGGCCAUCGAAUCCUUGACGGAUCGCGUCUUUUCCAGCCAAUCGGACGUCUGGUCCUACGGUGUCCUCCUGUGGGAACUCUUUACGCUGGGCAAAGUCCCGUACCCAGGAAUAGACGUUGGCCAUCAACUCACCAAAGCCAUUCAAAACGGAUACCGAAUGGAGAAACCAAAUUAUGCCCCCAAUGCAUUCGGAGAAAUCAUGACGGACUGUUGGAAAACCGACCCCAAAACGAGACCCACUUUCAAUCAGCUGGUGGGCACAAUCUGCUCCGAGUUGGAAUCGUCUGUUGGCACAAAUUAUCUCAAUUUUAACAACCCGUACGAAACAAUCAAACCUUCGUACGUCAAAUUCAACGAAGAGAAGAAUGACACGGCGAUUACUACGCAUCUAUUCGGACUUGCGGAAUUGUUGAACGAAAAGUCGCAACUGAAUGGCAAAUUGCAAUGCAACUCUCAAACAAAAGAAAACGAGGUUCGUUACUCCCUGUUUCCUCAGCGAUUCUGAACAAGGCGGUGGGAGAGAACCACGUUUCCUGGAAAUAUACGAGUCAAAAAGUGCUUGCCAAAAUAUUGGAAAAAUCCUGCUUAACCCCCUAUACACUGUGUGAGCCCUUUCUCUCAUUAAAAACAUAUAUCUAUUACGUACCGGUAAAAUAUUAUGAGAUAUUUAUAAUAAAAACCUAUAUUGAUCAAUGUUAAAAAAUUUGCCGCCUUUAUUGGUGAUGAUAUGGCAUGGAAAACA